AUGGACGGCGAAGGAGGAGGCGCUGCAGCGGUGCACCACCACACGCGCUCACCCGAGGACGUCUUCCGCGAUUUCCGCGCGCGCCGCGCCGGCAUCGUCAAGGCGCUCACCACGGAUGUGGAGAAGUUCUAUCAGCAGUGCGAUCCAGAGAAAGAGAACUUGUGCCUUUAUGGUUUGCCAAAUGAGACUUGGGAGGUCACUCUUCCAGCUGAGGAAGUACCUCCUGAGCUUCCCGAACCAGCACUGGGGAUAAACUUUGCCCGUGAUGGAAUGAUCGAAAAAGACUGGUUGUCUCUAGUUGCAGUUCAUAGUGAUGCAUGGCUCCUGUCUGUUGCAUUCUACUUUGGAGCUCGCUUUGGAUUUGAUAAAGAUGCCAGGAGAAGGCUCUUCACCAUGAUUAAUAACCUGCCCACUGUUUAUGAAGUUGUGAGGGGGGUUGCUAAGAAGCAAUCAAAAGCCCCCAAUGGCAGCAGCAAAAGCAGCAAAUCUAACUCAAAACCAUCAAAACAGACCAAUUCUAACAGUAAGCCUGUGAAGCCAGCUCACCCAAAAGAAGAGGAGGACAGCGGCCGUGAGGACGCAGAGGAGGAGGACCAGGCGUACCUGUGUGGGUCCUGUGGGGAGAGCUAUGCGAACGGGGAGUUCUGGAUCUGCUGCGAUGUCUGCGAGAAGUGGUUCCAUGGAAAGUGUGUCCGCAUCACCCCUGCGAAGGCGGAGCACAUCAAGCAGUACAAGUGUCCCAGCUGCAGCACCAAGCGGAGCCGGGAAUGA